GGCUCGCAGUGCAUUGUGGGCACAGAAUCGUCCGUCCGCCAUCGCUGUCUUUGGAGCCGGUGAAGGAGAGGCGCAAACAUGAGAGGAAUCCGUUCUUUUAACAGCAUCCCCAAACGGUGUUAUGCUGCUAGAAGAAGUGGUUCCUUGACUGAACCUCUUGCUUUGAGAAAAACAUCAGCAGCCCCUCUCACCCCACAAAAUGUCCAGGUUUCCAAACUUCCAAAUGGACUUGUCAUUGCGUCCCUGGAGAACCAUUCACCCAUGUCCAGUGUUGGUUUGUUCGUUAAAGCUGGAAGUCGCCAUGAGACUGUGGAAAACCCUGGAGUAGCUCAUGUAUUACGUCUAGCAGCAAAUCUGACUACAAAAGGUUCAUCUGCCUUCAAGAUCUGUCGCGGUGUAGAAGCUUUAGGUGGUAGUCUAAGUGUAACAUCAACACGAGAAACCACGGUCUACACUGCACAAUGCUUGAGAGAUGACGUACCUUCACUUUUGGAGUAUUUAAGCGACGUGACCACAGCCCAAGAGUUCAGACAAUGGGAGCUGGAAGAACUAACAACAAGAGUUAAGAUUGAUAAAGCUAUGGGCCAACAGUCUCCUCAGAUAGGUGUGAUGGAGAAAUUGCAUGAAGUUGCGUACAAAAAUGCCUUGUCCCAUUCCCUGUACUGCCCUGACUUUAUGGUUGGACAUGUGUCUCCUAAAGAGAUGCAUGCAUUUGUUCAAGCUAAUUUCACAACUGGCAGAAUGGCUCUCGUUGGACUAGGUGUCAAUCACUCAGUUCUUAGGCAAUUGGGGGAGGGGCUCCUCAGUUCCCGCAGUGGGCCUGGGGCUCCAGUGGCUCUUGCUGCGUACCGUGGGGGUGAAGCUCGGAUGCACAGCCGUGAUGACCUGGUGCACUUGCUGGUGGCCAGUGAAGGUUCCGCUGUUGGGAGUGCACAGGCUAAUGCAUUCAGUGUUCUGCAGCAUGUACUUGGAGCUGGCCCACAUGUGAAGAGGGGCUCAAAUAUCACCAGUAAACUGAGCCAGGGCAUCGCCAAAGCCACAUCACAGCCGUUUGAUGCAACUGCUAUGACUGCUUCCUACUCUGAUUCUGGCCUGUUCGGAGUAUAUACUAUCUCACAAGCUGGUGCUGCAGGAGAGGUGAUCAAAGCAGCCAUUUCUCAAAUAAGAGAUGUGGCUGAGGGUAAUGUAGCAGAUGCUGAUAUUGACAGAGCAAAGAACCAGGUAAAGGUGGAAUAUUUGAUGUCCCUUGAGGACUCUGAUGGUCUCCUGCAGGAGAUCGGGGCUCAGGCCUUGAUGACUGGGACUUACCAGGCUCCUGACACUGUCCUGCAGGCAGUUGGAGCUGUCACACCAGAAGAUGUGGUCAAGGCUGCAAAAUCCUUUGUGGAUGGCAGGAAAACUAUGGUCGCCAGUGGACUCCUUGUCAAUACACCAUUUGUGGAUGAAUUAUGAAAUUUUUAACACGAGUCUGUCUACUUGUUCAAAUUCUCAUCCUCAACUGAAAGCAGCAGUCAUGUGCAACAAAUCAUUCACUGUCAAAAAUGGAUUUUGUCCAGGAAUAAUCCCAUUUGUGAUGCUGGAGUUAUGCAAUUUAACUUUGGCACUUUCUAUUUUCACUGUAUCUAUGUAAAUUAAAGUAAAAUUAUAACAUCUACCAAAAA